CCACAGCACAAAGCUGUUCCUGUUACAAGUGGAGGAGGAACCACUCAUCAACCUGGAGGAGUGCAACCCUGACAUCUACACCUACAUCAAGGAGAUGGCAGAGGUCAAGACCCUGCGGCUGCAGCUGAAGUACGUGAAGGCAUACCUGUUCACCUGUAACCAGUCAGUCGCUGAGGAUCUCAGGAAAAGAGUUUGGCCCAAGGACUACAUGCUGGACAGGAUCCACCUUUACUCAGUUGUUGACUUGCUGCAGGUGACGUCAGGACAGCUUCAGCAGCACCUGAAGAAGGUUGUCAAACACGCGACCAAACACGUCUACAAGUGCCAGUUGUGCAGCCAGAAAGGGUUUCUGUGUGAGGUGUGCAAUAGUCCAAAUCCCAUCUACCCAUUUGAGACAGACUCCACCGUCAGGUGUGAUCGGUGUAAGGCUGUGUACCACGCCAAGUGUCGUACGGAGAACCGCCCGUGUCCCAAGUGCACCAGACGAGACCUGCGCAGGUCGCAGUUUCGAACCGCGGAGGACACGUCACCGGACUUCGCUUUUCCCGUGUAGAUGUAAAGAUCUUAGUUAGGCCACACUGAAUCAGAUUUGAUUUUAUGGAUGACAUCCGUGCGCGCAUUGAUUUUUGGAUAUUCU